CCAGAGCUACAGGAUUCCCAGAUUAGGCCUGAUCAAGAUGACAACCUCCCCAAAGCACACAGACUUCACGGCAGAGCCCAUGGGGGAAAAGCCAGCUGGAAGCCUGGCCGGGAUUGGCGAAGUCCUGGGCAAGAAGCUGGAGGAAAGGGGCUUUGACAAGGCCUGUGUGGUCCUUGGUCAGUUUCUGGUGCUAAAGAAAGAUGAAGAUCUUUUCCGGGAACGGCUGAAGGACACGUGCGGCGCCAAUGCCAAGCAGUCGCGGGACUGCUUCGGGUGCCUUCGAGAGUGGUGCGACGUGUUUUUGUGAUGCUCUCUGGGGAGCCCCCGACCCCGAGCCCCAGCACUGAGUCUCCAGAGUUUGCAGCCAAGUGAGGACUCCUCCCCCGUCCUCUACAAAGGAAGAGAUUGCUGUUGUC